UUCGCGGGCAUUUUGUACGUGGUGAGUCACAGGUGUUUUUAUAUUUCGGGUCUAUGUAUAACACAGCGUCACACUCCUAAUAUUGUAUGUUUCCGCCAUGGAAUUUACGUCGAGCAGUUUUUAUAGUUUAUCAAAAGUUUGACAUUUUGGUAAAGUAUCAUAAAGAAGAAACAAAAUGACUCGUAACAAGUUAUUCGCCAGAGUGUGUCUAGUCCUGUCUGGGAUGGUGGCUGCCUACGUCAUUCUAUCUGAAAUACACCUCACAAGAGAGUGUCAUCUAUUCUGCACAAGUGAUGACAUCCCAGCAUGUUACCUUCGACGAAUGGCCGUGCUCGUCUACGAUCAGGAUGUCGCCGCUCACGAGAUGAGCUUCUCACAGAACACACACCCACGCAUCAACCUUGCCAACUACGCUACGGAGUUUGCUUCGGGACGAUACUUCGACAUCAACUGCCCAAUCGACCACUACUGGCCCCGGGUCUCCACCCUCGACCGCCGCAACAGCUGCGCGGUCGUCGGCAACAGCGGGAUACUGAGUGGUUCCAAAUGCGGGAAGGUGAUCGAUAAACAUGAUUACAUCAUACGCGCGAACCUCGCUCCGAUCGAAGGUUAUACCGCCGAUGUCGGGGAACGCUCCCAUCUUACCAUUAUGAACUUCGAAACCCUGUUCUAUUUGCGUAAUAACCUGACGCAGACAUCUCCCGAUACCCAUUGGCAUCAGACUUAUGUAGACAGAGUAAGGUACCUGAAUGACUCGAUACUGUGGUACUCCAAGUCGACUGUACAGCGGAAUAGUAGCUUUCGUCUGAAGGAUGCCGUUCACGUUCUCAAGGAUUACUACCAUCUACCAAUCCAGCUCGCCUAUAGCUGGAGACCAGUGUCUUUUGAAAAGUUUCAUGGUCUGAACCACUACGCUACAACCGGCUUCAAUGCGUACAUCAUAGCCAAGACAUUCUGCAAUCACGUGACUUUGUAUGGUUUCUAUCCGUCAAACAUGGCGGAGAAUGGUUACCGUGUCAACCAUCACUACUAUGAAGAUGUAGAGUUCGAGUACACUGGAAACAUCCACAAUUUCAAGCAGGAGUUCACCAAGUUCAAAGAAUUCGAAGAGAAGGGAGAGGUUACCAUAGUAACGGACGUUUGCCCGGGAGGAAGGAUAAAGAAAUUGACUGAUAAUGUCGAUGUGGAUGCCAUGGUGGAUACCAAGUUUGCUUUUAAAUUGAAUAACGACAGACUGAAGGAAAUCUUUGAUAUUUCUGAAGGUGGUAAUAAGAAGGAGAGAACGGUGCUAGAGCACGCCGUCGAAGCUGCUGAGAAACAGAAAAUAGAUUUUGGAGAUAUUUUUGGGAAUAUUAAAGAAGGUUCCCAAAUAACUAGAAGUGUUGACAAAGCAGAUGAAAUUAAUCCUGGAAUUGAAGGUGAUAAUUAUCAGAAGAGUAAAUCUGUUUCGGAGGAUCGCCCACAUAGAUAUCAAGGAAACUAUAGAAGUAUUGACGAGCAGAAAUAAAUUGCAUAACACUAACUGGAAAAUGUACACUUAUAACAUUGUGAAAGAUCUAGUGGGGGCACCUUGAAGAUCGUGAUUCACAUCGUUAAAUAAAAACAUGAAGAACUGAAAAUCAUUGAUACAUGAUCGAGGUGCAUGUAUGGUCUUAGUAGUUUUUUCCAAUGCAUUUCCAAUGUCAUUGUAUCCAUUUCCCUUUCUUUCUUCACCUUCGCAAGGUGUAUCUUCACUCUUGUUUGUCUUUAAACUGGGGAGGGGCGUGUCACCAGUAGCUACAUCAGCAUAUUGGCUGAAAUUCUUUCAAGAGGGAACAAAGAAGAAGAAGAAGAAGAAGAAGAAGAAGAAGAAGAAGAAGAAGAAGAAGAAGAAGAAGAAGAAAGAAGAAGAAAGAAGAAGAAAUAGAAGAAGCAAAAGAGGAGGUAUUCAUAUUUUCCAUUUUUGCAGAAAGGACAAAAACGAAUCGCAUAAAGGCACAAAUGUCAAUUUUUCGUUUAAAUGGAGGAGAAAAGAUGGCCAUCAAAAUGUCAGCGAGCGAUGCCACGACAGGAAGCAGGAAUGAGAUUUGAUUUUGAAAUCUCAAAUUAUCACCAUUCAUAUCAGUAACGUCGAACCAGAAAAGCAUUAGAACAUUUGUGUAUAUAUUUCCUUGUAUAUUUUGCACAUGAAUUAGUAUAGGCAUAUAGGCCAAAAUUUUGUUCAAGACAAAUAGAGUCGUUGUUAGUCAUAAGGACAAUUAACUGAACUUGCAGCUGAAAUAUAUUUGUGUAAACUAAUGUUGAAUUUCCAGAAAAUGAGCCAAUUUUUAAUAAUAUACUGCGAACUUGAAGAUAUAAUGAUCCAAUCGUUGAUAGACUUUAAUGUUUUUAUAUUCUCUUAUCAAUAUUUAUAGAUUAGUACAGCUUCAUGUGCAAUGUAAUUUUUUACAAAAAAAAACGGAAAUAGAGAAAAGCAUGUCUUUAAUCAUA